UGGCCGUAAAUGGCAACUUUCUCUCUUCGAAGUUGCUCCACGUCCUCCAGUCAAAUAAUAAUAGUAAAACAUGUCUUCGCAAGUGUACGACUGCAUUGUGAUAGGAGCAGGGAUCCAGGGAUCAUGUACGGCAUAUUACCUCGCAAAGAAUAAGCAGAAAACACUUCUCCUCGAGCAGUUUAUCCUGCCCCACGCUCGUGGAAGUUCUCAUGGCCAGACUCGGAUCAUCCGGAAGGCGUAUGAUGAGGACUACUAUGUGCGCAUGAUGGACGAGAGCUACAGGCUGUGGGCUGAGAUAGAGAAGGAAUCAGGCGUCAAGCUCCACAGUCGCACGGGCCUUCUGGUGCUGGGUCCUGAGCAUGGCCAUGACUAUCCGCGCUACAAGAACACCUUGCUGCGGAACAAGGUUCCCACGGUGAUGCUGAAGAGGGAAGAGUUCAGCCAGCACAUCCCCAACUUCAACCUGACGCAGGGGGACGCAGCGCUGGUGGACACCACGGCUGGGGUGCUGUACGCAGACAAGGCCCUCCGCACUAUUCAGAGGCUGUUUCAGGAGCACGGUGGGGAGACAAAAGAUGGCCAGAAGGUGUCCAAGAUCUCUCCUGGCCGGGUGGUCACGGUGACCACAUCCACAGGGGAGUACCGGACCAGGAGCCUGGUUAUCACAGCCGGGCCAUGGGCCAACAGCCUACUGGCACACACAGGCCUGAACCUGCCACUCACGGUGGAGAAGAUAAAUGUGUGCUACUGGAGGGAGAAGGAUCCAGGCUCGUACGGCAUCCAAAAUCGCUUCCCCGCCUUCAUCCAGGUGGAGCCUGUUGAGUCCAAGCAUCACAUCUAUGGUCUGCCCUCCAACGAAUACCCAGGCCUGAUGAAGGUGUGCUACCACGUUGGGAAAGAUAUUACAGACCCAGAUGAGAGGGACAGGCAAACGGACCGCACUGACAUCAACAUCCUCCAGCGGUACGUCUCGCGCUGCAUGCCAGGCCUGGUGCCAGUGCCUGCCGUGAUGGAGAGCUGCCUCUAUACGACGACUCCAGACUCCCAUUUUGUCCUGGACCGUCACCCCACACACAGCAAUAUUGUCAUCGGCGCUGGAUUCUCAGGUCAUGGCUUCAAGUUCGGGCCCCUCAUCGGCAAGAUCAUGUACCAGUUGAGCACGGGCCAGGUGCCCUCUCAUGACCUCAGGCCCUUCAGGAUCAGCCGCUUCCAGGGCCCCCCCAAGGCUGCCCUUUAGGAAGGUCCGCCCAGAAGUCCACACUGCCCUGUAUGGUCUCCCUGAGGUCACACACUUCUUCAAAGGAACCACACAACUUUCUGCCUUUGCACCCGUUAACACCAUCGAUGCUAAAGGAAGAGAUGUUGUGGACCAACUGGCUACAGUGUCAGCACUGUGUUAUGUAUACAUCGGGGUCCAAAAAACCUACUCGGACUCUGGUUCGAGUUUCAGCCACAAAGCCAUUUUCACAAGCUCACCCCAUUAAUUUGUCUUACAAUUCACCAUCGCAUCUAAUCAAAUGCAUACAUAAACCUGUUUUAAAUCAUCCUUCAAGUCACAUUUAAAGUCAUUAGCACAACUACAUACAUUACAUUACAUUACAUUGCAUUCUAUAUUGAGCAUAUUGAGUUGCUCAAGGGCACCUCAGCCAUGGAUGAUACGGGAGUCGAACCUACAAUCUUCCGACUUCCAAUUCCAACCAUUAGGCCAUGAGUCGACCGCCUACACAUCCAUGAGCUUUUAAAGAAAUAUUCAUCAAUGGCUCCUCUUGGAGGCAGGAACGCAUUCAUAAUUUCUGAACUCUACAAAACAAUUAAAGAAGAAAGGGACAGGCGCAACGGGACAGUGUGAUGCAAUCUCUGCCUAUAAAAACAAUGACAAACCCAGCCGUGGCUCAAGCAGUAGGGCACGGUACUGUAACACCGGGGGUUCGAUUCUGACCCCAGGUCAUUUCCCGAUCUUCCACCAUAUCCCACUCCUAGUCAUUUUCUGUCCCACUCAUCACUGCACUAUCCUAAUACCCCCACCCCCCUGCACUAUCCACCCCUCCCCCUUAAUCGUCAUUAAUGGACCCUGUCACUCAAGGGCACCUCAGCCAUGGAUGGCAUGUUUGGGAGUCGAACUAGAGUCUUACCACUUCUAACUCCCUAACUAUUAGGCCACGACUGCCUACUGUACUUACAUCCAUUGAGGAUUUUUAAAUUGCUCGUCAAUGGCUUCCGCUCUCGGAGGAGACAGGAGCUGCCAUAUUAGCCAGUGAAUCAUGUCCCAGCUGCUGCUCGGUGCUGAGGAGACCAUUAGAGGGCUCAAAUGGGGGUACGCACACACCCCCCCCCUUUACACACACGAACACACACACACACACGCUCACACACACACACACACACACACACACACACACACACACACACACACACGCACACACACACACACACACACACACACUCACACACACACACACACACACACACACACACACACCCUGCUCUACUCGACCAUUGGGGGUUCACUCAUCUGUGACAAAAGGCAUUUACACUUUAAGUGCGCUCUGUGAUUUUUAUAUAUUGCUUGCUUCCAAAGCCAUGGCAUUCACUACAUUCACACUCACUCACCGACUCCCCUGCCCUGGAGUUUGUGUGUGUGUGUGUGUGUGUGUGUGUGUGUGUGUGUGUGUGUGUGUGUGUGUGUGUGUGUGUGUGUGUGUGUGUGUGUGUGUGUGUGUGUGUGUGUGUGUGUGUGUGUGUGUGUGUGUGUGUGUGUGUGUGUGUGCUGGGGGGGUGCACAUGUGUGUGGGUGCACAUAUGUGUGUGCUUGUGUGUGUUCUGUGAACGUGUUUGUGCUUGGGUGGUUGGGGGCUGUUGGAAAUAAAAGACAUUGUUAA